AAAACUAAAGAGCUUAGGUGCCAGUAUGAGUUGUACAAAAAAAAUAGAUAAGCAGACACCUCAUAACAAUUCUCAGAAACUGCUUAUUCUAGGAUUUAAAAUUAGUUUUAUUAAUAAACGCAGAAUAAUCCCCCUGAGAAUAUUAGGGAAUGGCUGAUAAUGUCAGUUCCUGAUGUCUUAAAAAGCCUCAUGUGGCGUUAUUACUAAACAGCCAGGCUAGGACUUUCAACUGGAUGCCAGUGAUAUCACUGGUGAAGCCCUGGUAAUAAAGGAAUACUGCUAGUGAUUAUGGCAUUGUACUGAAGUUCUGGCACCAAGCAGCAUUGCCUACCUGUCUAAUAAACUUGUAGUUAAGUGAACACAUGAAGGGGAUAGGAAUAAUGACUUAACAGUAAUGUCCACCUAUAAAAACCAUGAAAACUUGAAAUAGAACUGUAACCCAAGCUCUCUGAGCCACUCCUUUCCGCUGCCAUUGGCCUUAAUGCUGGUGCCUGCAACCUAACAGUAUCGCUAUAAAGAGCUGGUGAAGCAAUGUAUAGGCAAAAUCGCGAUGUAACCGUUCUAAAGGCGUCUUCUUCUCAGUAGCUUUCUUAUGCAAGCGUGUUUUUUCCUGCUGUCGCUUUCUGCUGUUUGCUGCAGCAUUUGCUUGCUCAGGCUGCAGUACCGCCCUGUGGCCACUGGAGGCAGCCGUGUCAAUGUCCUUUUUUUUUUAUUUUUUUUUAUUUCAGUGCCUUUUUUUUUCCCUCCAUGGUUUCUCCUCCUCGCUCUUGUGAGUAACUUGGCGUUUGGACUCAGCAGCUUCCACACGUUUCCUAUACAGAGAGCGAUCAGAUUCUGUGCCUCCAUUAAGGACACCUCGAACUGCUCUUUUGCUGUGAAGCCUCCCACCCCCUCCCUUUGAAACUUUUAUUUCUGGGCUGGAUCACCUAGAAAAGCAGCCAGGACAGGGGAGACCGAUCUAUCAUAGAGCCAUAGACAAGAGAGCGGGGGACGAACGACUCCAAGAAAUCCAAGAAGAUGGACAUGAAAAAGAGAAUUCACCUGGAGCUCCGGAACAGGACGCCGUCAGAUGUACGAGAACUGGUACUUGACAACUGCAGAGCACGAGAUGGCAAAAUUGAGGGUCUAACAGCAGAGUUUGUUAAUCUAGAGUUUCUCAGCCUAAUAAAUGUCUUGUUGAUGUCUGUUUCAAACCUUCCAAAGCUACCCAAGUUAAAAAAGCUUGAAUUAAGUGACAAUAGAAUCUCUGGAGGUCUGGAUGUAUUAGCAGAGAAGCUUCCCAACCUAACACAUCUAAAUCUCAGUGGAAAUAAAUUAAAAGACAUUAGCACAUUGGAACCUCUGAAAAAAUUGGAACAUUUGAAGAGUCUUGACCUGUUUAACUGUGAAGUCACAAAUCUAAAUGACUACAGAGAAAGUGUAUUCAAACUCCUCCCUCAGCUGACAUACUUGGAUGGAUAUGACACAGAUGAUAAGGAGGCACCAGACUCAGAUGCCGAAGCUGAUGGAGACGGUGUCGAUGAGGAGGAGGAAGAUGAAGAAGGAGAAGAGGAAGAAGAUGAUGAAGAGGAGGAAGGUGAAGAGGAAGAAGACAUAGAUGAGGAGGAGGAAGAUGAUGAUGACGAGGAAGAGGUUGGAGAAGAAGAUGAAGAGGAGGAUGGCAGUGGAGAAGAAGAGGAUGAGGAAUUAGGACACGAUGGAGAGGUAGAUGAUGAAGAAGAGGAUGAAGAUGAUGAUGAAGAUGAUGAAGAAGCUGGAAAAGGAGAAAAGAGGAAGAGAGACACAGAUGAUGAAGGUGAUGAAGAGGAUGAUUAAAUUUCUGUAAUAAAAAAAAAAAAAAAAAAAAAAAACACAAAUAAAAAUUUUGAAAAGGACCUUAUUGGAUUACACAGUGUUGAUUGAACUGGCCCCAUCCAUGGAUUACAGAAAGGCAAGCUGCAAAUGAGAUGUAACAAUUAAAACAAACCCUAUCCCCGAACCAAAAAAGAGCCAAAGAGUUGUUACUGUGACAUUCCUACAGCCAAUAAACCCUACUGGAAGCUUAUAUCUUGGUUUAUAAUUAAGUCUCAAAAGGCAAAAAAAAAAAAGUAAGAAAAUAAAGAAAUAUAUAUGUGUGUGUGUGUGUAUAUAUAUAUAUAUAUAUAUAUGUACACACACACACACACACACACAAAAUGUUUGGCUAAACAAACUGGGUCAAUGCUUUUACUAUUACAUUGGGGUUCUUAAGGGUUAACAAACUAGAACAUUUAGUGUCUGAUUGGUGAGUCAUGAUUGUCAAUGGCUACCUAUUAAAUAGACAUUGGAGCACCAUUUUUACUUUCUGUACAACAACAAAAAAAAGUAAGAAAAAAAAAAAACCCUUUGUAAAUAAAAUCUUAACAUUUUGGGUCUGUUUUUCAUGCUUUGCUUUCUUUUCCUAACAGUUCAAUAUUUUUUUACAGUAGGAUGUUUUUGCGACAACUGCAGAUGAACUAUUUUUAAGAAUGAGUGAAAUAAACAUGUUACUAUUUGGUAAACCCUAGUUGUAUGUUUACAUUUCUGAAUAAGAAGUAAAUUACUCUUGAUCGUGUA